CAGAUGGCCCAUGCCUUCACCGAAUAGCUGUUCAGAGGGACAGAGUCUCCAUUGCAACAUUACUACUCAACUGGAACACCUCUUCAGUUCACCGCCAAAUGUGAGCAGCCAAGUAGAUUCAGAGAAGCAACUGAGGAAAACACUGGACACACUGGACAAUCUAUUGAUCUUGAUGAAGGAUGAGAAUAAGGAGCAAAAACACCAGGUGGCCACUGAGAUGAUGAAACUGAUGGAGGCCUGGCUCAGAAUGUUUGCAUUUGCCCUACCCAGGGGGAACACUGCCAUCAGGUCCAGUGCAGGCACAGAAUUGGCAAUAGAAAUCAGGACAGCUGAGAACACAAGCCAAAGUCUGGCGCAACCGUGGCUGAAUGAAACACAGAUGGAACUAAGCUGGGAAGCAGCAAGCAAGGAGGGAGAAGCCCUCAGCGUUGUUGGCCUCCUCUCCUACCAGAACCUGGGGGGCAUCCUGACGGGCGCACAUGUUGAAGGAGCAGACUGGGAGCAAAUAGGAAAGUCAAAGCAAUGGGUGCAGGAGACCGGCAAACCCAACUACAAAGUGCUGUCUAAGGUGGCAUCUGCUUUUGUGGGCCAUAACGAGACCGCUGCCCUGAGCAAUCCCGUCACAUUCUCCUUUAACCAUCCAGAACCAGAAUCAAAGCCUGAUAUGAAGGUGAUUUGUGCUUCCUGGAAGCCCACUGGGAGGAGUGGACAUUGGUCUCAAGAAGGCUGUGUACGUCUGAACAACAGUAUUGCCAACAGGACAUGUUGCCGCUGCAACCACCUGACCAGCUUUGCGGUGCUCAUGGCCUUCUACGAUGUGGAGGACAAGGGUCUGACUAUCAUCACGAAGGUUGGGCUGGUUGUAUCUCUGAUCUGCCUGUUCUUCUCCAUCCUCACCUUCCUGUUCUGCCCUGCCAUCCGAGGUAUCCGCACCACUAUCCACCUCCACCUUUGCCUGGCACUUUUUGCUGCCCACGUCAUCUUCUUGGGCGCUGGAGCAUCUAGCAAUACAAUGGCAUGUGCUGUAGUUGCUGGACUGCUCCAUUAUUUCUUCCUCAGCGUCUUCUGUUGGAUGCUACUGGAGGGUGUGCAGCUCUACUUGAUGGUGGUUCAGGUCUUCAAAACACACAGCCUUAAACACUGGCACAUCUUCCUUGUGGGGUAUGGGCUCCCAGCCGUCUUGGUGGGCAUCUCUGCUGCCGUCAACAGCAAAGGAUACGGCAACAAAAACUGCUGGCUUUCCAGGGAACGUGGGUUCUUGUGGAGCUUCCUGGCCCCUGUCUCCAUCAUCAUCCUGGUCAAUGCUGUGGUCUUCCUUAUUACUGUCUGGAGGCUUUCAAAGAAGUUUGCUGACAUUAACCCUGAUUUGACUAAAUUGCAAAAGCAAAGGGCAUUCAUAAUCACAGCCAUUGCACAGCUCUGUAUUCUAGGGCUCACUUGGGUCUUCGGCUUGUUUCAGUUCAGCAAUCAAACCCUCAUCCUGUCUUACCUCUUCACCAUCUUCAACAGCAUACAGGGUCUCUUCAUCUUCCUCCUACACUGCGUACUCAAGAAACAGGUACGUGAUGACUAUUACCGUUGGUUGUGCCAGAGCAGACGUGGCAAGACCCAGAGUACUGACAAGUAUUCAGAGUUCAGUUCCACCCAAGGCUCCAACACAUUGAAGUCCCCCAAAACUUCGAAAGAAUCUGGAAUGUAGCAACAGUUUGCAGAAAUGAAUUCCAGGAGUGCUACUUUGCAUAUAAAUGUUUCCAGGGAAAAGAUAGACUGGAUAACAGAACUACUGCCUGCUGAUUCAGACCUACUGCAACAAGGACAGUAAAACCGCUAGAAACAUAUGCAGAGGUCCAUCUAGCAAGCUCAGGAACUGAGCCCAUGUUAACUUUAUAUUGGUACAAGUCCGUCAUCAAGAGUUCUCUUCUCUUUCAUGCUAAGGCUCUUCUCUCUCAAAGAGAGGAUCAUGUCUUUAAAAAAGGUACUUCUACAUAUGACACUUUCAUAAAAGGUCCUUUCCAUGGACACUGAUUAGUCGUCUGCCUGGCUAUGCAUCAAAGAUCUGAAGUGAAUUUUGCAUAAUAGGCAUGAUCUUUUCCAUCCAGUAUAAGCUGAUUAUGGACUGAUCUGAUAGCAUUGUCCCUAAUGUUCAUCAAGUUAUUUUCAAGUAUGAACUUAUGAUUGCCUGCAGUACUCAUUAAGUCAACUAGAAACAGGGGUGAUAAGUGUACUUAAACAAGAGUGGCAAGGAUGCUGUAAACUAGGAUUGGACAAAGAACUUCACAUUAUUUUGCUCUGUUGUAAUUGAUUGCAUUUGUCCAAAAUUUCUGAUAUAAAUUUUGAAGACUGCUAAUCAAUGAGAUGAUCUAGAAGCCAUGUCUAGAGGCUAUCCCCUGUUAGGUGGCUAAAAAGGGUUGUCCUGGUUUGAAUAGUCCUGCACAUAAAAAUGAACCUAUAUGUGGAAACAUAGUAUGGCGUAGGCAAAGCACAGACCUUUUAGAGAGAGAUCUGGUUUUGAUGUACAAGGCCUUUUAUUUACUUUUAAUGGAGAACUAAGCCUUCAUUUGCAGCCUUUCACACUGACCCAGGCUUAAUUAGGUAUAAGUAGCCCUGAACUAUGAAACUGUUUAAAUUACAAUAUGUUUGCAUUGCCCAAAGAUUUUAUAGUUCUGUUUCUUGGUGCACUAAGAGUCUGCCAUGCUCAACAUUCAGAUUCAACUCAGAAGGCAGAUCUAAAUACUCUUGCAUCUCAUGGGUUGCUUCAUAUCUAACACAUUUGAGUAAAUGCACCAAAUUAUGGGAAUAAUUUUCAUUUGAUGUUUUUCUUUACUGCUAUUCCCUGGAGUUCUGCAUAUGGCAACAAGAUGCAAGGACAGAGGAAGGUACAGGAUACAGUGUAAUCUCAGCUACAAGAGUCCAGGUAACUGGUAGCAAAAUGCUGCUUAUUCAGAUGAGAAGCAACAGCUAUAGACUUGACCCAAUGAAAAGAAAAAGGGUUUGGCGUUUUGUACUUUUGUUCUUGGUUGGAAGACCUCCAGAGAAUACCAGAGCUUUGGUUAGAUUAGGAAGUUGCAAGCAGCAUCCCAAAAGGCAGCGAUGGAAAACCACUUCCGUACUUUUACAAGAAAACAUAAAAUCAUCAGGAGUCAAGGGUGACUCAAAGGGAGUUUUACUUUUUUAUGAAGCUAAUGAACCCUUCUAUGGUGGUCAUUCCCAGAAAAUAGAACAGAACUUCCUGUUUAGACCAGUUAGGUUUGAACUAUUUUCAGUAUUCCUAACUUUGUUUUUGUAAGGUGCUUGGUAUUUUUAUUUUAUAUGUAUCUCAUUUCCAGGUGUGCCUUAUUCGCAUGUAAGUAGCAAAACACACAAGAGUUCACAGCUGAUUUUUUUUCUACUGAAUUUUGCUCCCCAAAUUACUCCCAAGUUAUACCUGACAUAGUCUUCAGAUAGCUUUGCAUGCACCUGCAUGCCAACUUUUGUACUAUUAGAAUGUGUUAAUUUGUACUUGGGGCAAAGGGAAAAAUGGAUGGAUUCAGAUUAGUACAAACAUUCUCUUCUAUUAAAAUGUGUCAGUCUGAAAAGAUACUACCAGAUUCCUUCUGCUUUAAUUAAAAGAUGAAGGGGGAAAUGUACUUGAGAAAAAAAGUGCUUUAAGGAAGCAGGCUGGUAAUUAGAAACAAAUAUUUUUUGACAAUUCACACAUCUUUAAAGGCACUCUUAGAGUGAAUAUAUCUCAUGGCAGGGCAGUUAGUGAAACUGAGAGACAACAGUAGAAACAUCAGGAAUGUGUUUUGCUCAGGCUUGAACUGUGGAGUCCUUGGUGCUCUCUGAGCUUGGUUAUUU